GGGCGCUGCCGCGCUCCGCCCCGGGGCGGCGGCCGAGGGGCCGGCGGUGCAGCGGCGGCCGGAGGAAAAAGACGUGGUGAUGAAAAGAAGUUCGAGAGAGAAAAAGGAAAGCUAAGCUCGAGAGAAGAGAGGCAGAUAGAUGGAGAUGAGGAACAUCCCCCAAAGCAGCAGAAGGUACCGACUGAAGAUCAGCAGUGGCCAGAGAAUAUGCCUGAAUGGGAAGAAAGGAAAUCCCUGCUAGCUCAGAGAAGAGUGGAAUCUGUCAGACUGCUUACAGUGCUGUUAAAUCGUGUGAAAUUGGCAAGUCAAAAAGUGGAUCCUUCACUGGGUGUAAAGAAGGACGAUUCAUUUUCUGAAACAGCAUUUAAAGACAUACAGCAGGAGCUGAUUAACUCCCUUUAUCGUACGCACAAAGAGCUGAAACGUAAGGAGUUUAAGUGCCCGUUAACCCAAACAGGUAGUGGUUUAUGUUGUGAGGAAGGAGAUGUGAGUACCUUCCAUGCACCUACUUGUCACAUAGUCAGGACAAUUUUAAAUGAUCCCUCUCCAGCCCUGAGCUCUGAUGGACUGCCUGGCAGAGAUGUGUGCAGCUCCUCCGCCAAGGGCCGUGUGCCUUUGCUGAUCACGGUGACCCAGGACGGCAGGGUCAUCGAACCUCUCCGUGGAAGGCACCACCCAGCACUGGAUGUAGUUCACAUCCAGACAGUGUCUGAGGAAGAUGAUUGCAAAAAGCAAAAGGUUUAUGAGACUGAUGAAUUCAUCCAUUAUUUACUAAACUACUAUCAGACACCACACUAUGCACGUGUUUGCUUAGAGCCAAAAACUACUGCAAACAAGUCCCGGUGGAAGCGAGUGGUGUCUGAUGAUGGUAGUGGGUUUGACAUCAGCUUGAGUAACAAACAUAAUCAGCACUUCAGAGAAGUGAGUCCUGUACAACACCUCCACAACAGAAAUUGUAGUAGUCAUAGUAAUUAUAGGCUGGUGAUCACUCUUGGGGAACUUGAGUCUACAGAUAAAGUGUUAGAAAGCAAGGUCCAUGGGGGCAAACUUGCAAAAAAGCUGCAGGUGCAGAGGAAUGACUCACUCCCUGUUGAUAACUUACCACAUGCUGGACUGAAUCAUUCUUUGGAGUGCCCUACUCUUACUCAUAAUAAGGAAUUCAAACAAGAAGAUGGUAGAGAUGAAGGCACUGUACCAUAUGGAACAUGUAGAUCUGCUUGCAGAUUAAAGGAUUUGUUGGAAGAGAUCAGUGAUUCUGAGUACUUUAGAGAGGCAUGUGGUGGCUCAGUGAAGAGAGCAGAAAGAAGGUAUGAAGAAAUUUACAGCAGUUGUAAUAAAGGGUGCUUGCCUUCAAGAGCUGGGGAAGGAAAAUUACUGGUUUACCAUAAAAAUGUAGCUCUGGAAAGUCAAGAGAAGGAAAUCAGCCAAUGUAACUCCUGUUCUAAUUCUGUCCAUGAGGGCUUGGCAAGGCAGUGUGAACAUAAACUUAAAAAGUCAUGCAAGAGGUCUAGUAGUAAAUUAAGAUAUGAAGGAAAGAAAAGUGAGAGACAAUCCAGGGAAAAGGAGAAAAAUGCUCAUAAAAUGAAGAAAAAGCGAAAAAAGCUUUCUUCUAAUCUUUUACCUGAUGAAUGUGGCUUUUCAGAGACGGACAGUUGCACGCAGCUGGAGUCGCUCAGAAAGAUACAGAGAAAAUGUAAGAAAAUGUUGCACAAAAAAGUGAAAUUCAAGACACAUCACACCUCUAUGGCAGCAGCAGAUGUUACCCCUCAUGAUGGCUCGCCCCUUCAGGAGACUCUCCAGAGGAGAGAUGAGAGGAAAUUAAUGUUGAGAAGAGAGACGGAUGCAGAUGUCAGAGGAUGCCCUCUAUUUCCUCUUGAGAUAAUUCAAACAAACCCCUUCUCAGAUACUUUCUGUGGAGGAGAGCCCAGAAGAGGAUGCUGAAGAGCUACUGUAUUAUAGCUUGAAGUUUUUAUAAAGAAGAGGGAGAAAAAUGCCCUUUGAUCAUUAAAUGGUAUAUGAACUACUGGGUUGGUUUUCUGUUGGUAUGGGGGUUUUUUUGGGUUUUUUUUUGUUAGUUUUUUUUUCUCUUUUGUUUUUUUGUGGUUUUUUUGCUUAGAUAAUUCCUUUGGUUAGAAUAUUUAACUGGUGUAGUGAGUCACAAAAGCAGAAUCUUUUUUUGAAUAACAGGACCAAACUUUCCCCAGAGCCAGAACAAACUUUCAUGGACUAUUGGCUAAAGAACUUGAAAGGACACACACUGAGAUCUUGGAGCAUUACACUUUGGUUGAGUGCAGGGAAUCAUGUAAAUUACAGUAUUUACCAAUGAUAAGUCAUUGGAAAAAACCUAAUUGUCAAUCCUAGAGCAAGCAUAUGAAGUGCCUCCUCUACCAGAUUGUUAUAAUGAUGGGACUGGAAGGUGUGGAGAACAUUUAUGCUCAAUUUUGAGAAGUAAUAGAUUUCCAAAUGUGAAAGAAGUCCCAUCUUCUGUAAAACCCACACUAGAAGAAUCCCUGAUGGUUCUAGAGGUAUUUCUGAAAACUCGCUGGCCUUUGGGAGGAUGGAUUUCACUGAACUUAUGCUCAGUGUAGUGCUUCCAGGAAUGGUUGUCUAAGCAAAGCUCUGAGUGUUAGAUAAUGAAAGGGCACUACAUGUCAGCCUGCUGACAGUCCCCAUGUAAAUGCAGGUUGACAGUUCACAAGAUUUUGAAGGCACAUAAAGUGAGGUAGCUGUUUAGUAUGAGUUUGCUUACAAAUGCUUUUCAGAGGAAUUGUGAAAUGUUGUCAGAGUUGUGCUGCAUGUAGAUAAAAAUGUGAAAAUUCAGUCUAGGAGCUUGAGUUAUAUCCAUAUUUAUUCAUCUGGCUUUAUCUAGAAGACAGUCACAAUUGCUUUUGGACAAAGUCCCUUAGCAAGAUACAGAGUUUGAAGUUCAAUACACUGAUUAUUGCAGCUUUCAUUUUAUUAUGCUUUAUUUAUUAUGUCAGUAGAUGAAGUUAAUGUGAAAAUGUUGCCUUCAUUACGUAAGAUCUUACCCAUGUUUGUAACUUCUGCUCUAAUAAAUAGUAAUAAAAAAGAAUAAUUGUAAUUGUUUGUGGUAGAUAGGUUUUCCCCCAGUCUUCAAUACUGCUGAUUCCUACAGGCUUCUAAGCCAGGUUUUAUUAGUCUUUCUGUUCAUAUGUUCAUAUGUUGAGUGCCUUUUCAGGGUAAUGAAUGACAAAUGGUUGCUUCUGAAAGUACUUUUAAUCUAUUACUUUUAUCUAAAAAGAUGUUAUUUUCCUGACAGAAAUAUUUUCUGACUAUUUUGGAGAACAUUUAUGCCCCUCUUAAGUCUCCUUUUUAAUAUUUUAUACAGUUAUAAUGAAGAUGGACUAUUGUAUUUGUUGACUGUGUAAAAUGUUUUCAGUUGCACUGAUGUGACAUACCAAGGGUGUUUUUUCUCUAUGCAAUAUUUGCAGAUUAAAGGUAACAAAACUUC